AUGCGGGGCGCGGAGGACGAGUGCGACUUCCUCUUCAAAGUCGUGCUCAUCGGCGACUCGGGCGUGGGGAAGAGCAACCUGCUGUCGCGCUUCACCCGCAACGAGUUCAACCUGGAGAGCAAGAGCACCAUCGGCGUGGAGUUCGCCACCAGGAGCGUCCGGGUGGACGGCAGGACGGUGAAGGCGCAGAUCUGGGACACGGCCGGGCAGGAGCGGUACCGCGCCAUCACCUCGGCUUAUUACCGGGGGGCCGUGGGAGCCUUGCUGGUCUACGACAUCGCCAAGUACCUGACGUACGAGAACGCCGAGCGCUGGCUCAAGGAGCUGCGGGACCACGCGGACGCCAACAUCGCCGUCAUGCUGGUGGGCAACAAGAGCGACCUGCGGCACCUGCGCGCCGUGCCCACCGAGGAGGCACGCGGCUUCGCAGAGAGGAACGGGCUGUCCUUCCUGGAGACGUCGGCCCUGGACUCCAGCAACGUGGAGGCGGCUUUCCACAGCCUCCUCGCCGAGAUCUACCGCGUCGUGUCGCGGCGGCAGAUCGCCGGGCAGCCGGAGCAGCGGUUCGGCCCCAGCACGGUCAUCGAGCCGAUCCGGGUGCUGCCCACCCAGCCGGAGGGCGAGCGGGCGCCCUGCUGCCGGAGCGUCUGA